CCCGAACUGACUGUUGUUUCAACAGUCAUGCUAGCAACUCUCCACAGGCACAUUUCAUUUCCUCUUGCUCGGAAGCUCUCUCCCUCCGCCUUCGGUUCCCGCUUCUCGGUCCGUUCUAUGGCUGACUCCGCCUCCUCUCCUUUCAAGAAAAUCCAGAUUCAGCGAGAGGAUACGACAUUCGACGCGUACGUCGUUGGCAAAGACGACGCUCCCGGAAUUGUGGUGCUCCAAGAAUGGUGGGGCGUGGACUUCGAAAUCAAGAACCAUGCGGUCAAGAUCUCUCAGCUGGAGCCUGGUUUCAAAGCUCUUAUUCCGGAUCUUUACCGGGGGAAAGUAGGUUUGGAUGUGGCGGAAGCACAACAUCUGAUGGAUGGUCUUGAUUGGCAAGGUGCUGUUAAGGAUAUCAGUGCUUCUGUGAAGUGGCUCAAGGAGAACGGUUCAAAGAAGGUUGGUGUAACUGGAUUUUGCAUGGGAGGUGCUCUCUCUAUUGCUAGUUCUGUUUUGAUGCCUGACAUUGAUGCCAUCGUUGCAUUUUAUGGGGUUCCAUCAUCAGAGUUGGCAGACCCUGCCAAGGCCAAGGCCCCUGUGCAGGCUCAUUUUGGAGAGCUUGAUAACUUUGUUGGCUUCUCAGAUGUUAUGGCUGCUAAAGCUCUAGAAGAGAAGCUGAAAGUAUCAGGAAUUCCUUAUGAGGUGCACAUUUAUCCGGGCAAUGCACAUGCUUUCAUGAACAGAUCUUCAGAAGGUGUGAAUAGAAGGAAGGGCAUGGGAAUGCCUGAUGAGGAUGAAGCUGCUGUACAGCUAGCAUGGUCACGUUUCCAGUCCUGGAUGAUCAAAUAUUUGUCUGCUUAAGUUAUUUCCUAGUUUGAUACACCUUCUUAAGCCCUUCUAGCCACCAUGUGUGUUUACCAGUUAUUGUCCAUGGACAUGCCUUUAAGGAUGUUAUUACGAAGUGUACAAGGAUACAACUUUUUAGAUUGCAGUUGGUGAUAUUUCUAAUGAGUCUAGUUCUUAUGUAAUUCCUUGCGUGGUUUGGUUGUCGAAUAUUAUUUGCUUCCUUUGAAUAUUUGCGUGUUUUUGGACCCCCUGAAAUUGGGGUAUGUGGAUGAAUCCUUUUUCCCUAUAUGG